GUUCGAGGUCAGGUAUAAAUAAAUAUUAUCGUCAUACCGAAAACCCUAAAGCUACGCUUUUGUUUUAGCUAGUUGUUGCAGCCGUCAGGAGCAGAGAAGCGAAUCAGCUAUGGGCAAAGUUCACGGGUCACUGGCGCGUGCCGGUAAGGUGAGAGGGCAGACUCCGAAGGUAGCGAAGCAAGAUAAGAAGAAGAAACCCAGAGGACGUGCUCACAAGCGUCUUCAGCACAAUCGCCGUUUCGUUACCGCCGUUGUUGGUUUCGGUAAGAAGAGAGGACCCAACUCUUCCGAGAAGUAGAAGGAUAAAUUUGCUUGAAAGAAACUCUUUCUUCUUUGCUAUUUUGAAUCCUUCGGGAUGUUUUCUUUGUUUGUUUUAAGUCAUGUUUCUCUGGAACUUGUGUUGUAACUCUAUGCAAUGAAAUAGGACCGUUUACUUUUC